AAACAGCUUCUUUUAAGCCGCCUUAUCGUAGUGCCAAUGCCGGUUGGAAAUGUUUCAUACUAUCACAGAAGAAAGUAUUCUCCUCAGGCUCCACCGGAUCACCAGUCACGAAUAUUUUUUGGAGAUUACGCACGACCCGACAGCGGUGUUGCUGGUAGUGAACGAAGCCGCUCGAAUGGAAGCAUCUCCUCGGUCACCACCAGCCACUCGUCGUCUGCGUGCGUCAGUGUGAAUAGUAGUGUGGCCUCGCUGGCCGAUGCAGCGAACGCCAAUUUGCUGAGCGUGUCCAAGGGUGUCGAAAUCGAAUCGUGUUCCGUGCCAAAAUGUAUCGAUAGUGCUGAUGGUGCCGGUACCGGUACUACCUCGGCGUCCCACUGCUGUGUCCGUGCGUCAACGGCUGGUGAGGGUGUUGUUGGGGCGCAACAGGUGUUGACGGGUCGGGCGUGUAUCAGUGAAAGUGCCACGGUGGUUCGCACCGCUGGAGGUAGCAGCAGUGGUUCUGUCAGCAGUGGUAGCAAUAUUGGGGGCAGUGUACAUAGCGCUAACAUUAGUGGCAACAGCCAGCAACGCCGAGUGCAGGCGUCAACUGUUGCGAAUAAUAGUAGUAGUAAUAAUAGUGGUCCCAGCGGCAGCAAGGAGCAAGCGAACGGACACUUGCUACCGUCACCGGGUGUGGUAACGUCUGGCGGGACGACUUCGGCUGCGAUCCGUACCGGGCAGUUGCAACCGGCCAAAUCGUCACCUUUAGCUGUAGCGGGACUGCCUUCCGCUUCAACACUGCCAUCGGCCGAAAGUGCAACCAUUUCCAACCAGUGUUCUUCUGCAUUUGGCUCCGCUCAUCUGAACAACAAUGAAGAACAAAGAUCGCAACAUGCACCAGGUCCAUCAUCGAGCACAAAUGGCAGUAUCUAUCAGCUAGGCCCGGGAAACGGCCAUGAAUCAGUGCACCAUCACGCCAAUCCCUCAACGACGACAACCAUCAACAAUACCGCGGCGAAGCAACAACAGCAGCAGCUGUACAACAAACAGCCACAACCACAACCGCAGCAACAGAAGCAGCAACAAUCAACGUCGAGUGUAGCGCCCGGCCAUAAUCUUCUGCCGGGUAUCGCGAGUUAUCCUUCCACGGUUGCUUCCACGUCCGGGCUGUGGUCGGAGGACGGCCCGUUCAGCUCGGUCCCAUCCCAGCAGCCGCUGCCCCCCCACUCGAGUGGCGUGAACGUGAACGUGACUGUGAACGUCGUGGCACGAUCCGUAACCGCGAGCACCAUGACGACGACAACGGCAACGACGACCAGCACAACGACCCUGGCACCCCCGCGACCGAUGCAGAAGGUGAUCCCGACGGUGGUCUACCUGAUGUCCCGGAUCGCUGUACAUAUGGAGAUCGAGGGCACGGCACAGUGCCCGGCGCAGGUGAUGCUUGCCGCCGCCCUUGGCUGUGAAGAACUAGGUAUUACCAACAAAUUGCUGGCCCAGAGCGUGUUCGGCCUGUGGAUGACCAGUCCACUGCUGGAGGUGCAACUGAAGCCCCACCACCGGCCGUAUGCGGUGCGCGUCGCCUGGUCGAAGCUGCUCGACAAGCACAGCCACGGGAACGAGCUGGAAAAGCUGUCCGACGAGCCAAUGACGACGCUGCGGAGAAACGUGUUCUUCUCCCGGCGGGAUGAGGAAAAGAUCAAAGAUCCUCGGAUAUUGGAGCUGCUGUACGAAGAGGCUAGACACAACGUGCUACUCGGCCGGUACGUGAUGGAACCGUCGCAAUCGAUCAUGCUCGGUGGCAUCCAGGCCCGGAUAGAACUGGGACCGUACAACUCGCACACACACACUACCAGCUACUUUCGGGAAAAUCAAUUCCGCUUCCUGCCGGCACACGUGGCAAAGAGCUCGAGCUGGUCCUGGUUGCCGAUCAGCCAACGAUCGUCGGCCGAGGUGCGUCUGUUGGAGCAGUUCAAGCGUGUUCCGACGACGGCCACGACCAAAAAGCUGAUGCGGAAGUAUCUCGAGUUCUGCUGGGGUCUUCCAUUUUAUGGUGCGGCCUACUUCCAUGGACAAGUCGAGCAACCGGUACGUGGUCUUAUGAGUUUGAUGCAGCAAAAGGAUCUACCCGUCCUGAUAGCGGUCAACGAGCGGGGGAUUUUCGUAAUAGAUCAGAUCGAAUGUACACUGCUGCUCGGGCUGAAGUAUGAAGAGUUCUCGUGGGAGUACGCCAAACCGAGCAACGUCAACGAUCCGGAAUGUUUGCCGUGCAUCUUUCUCCAGUUCGGCGCAGUAGAGAACGGUAUCGCGGCAACGAAGCUGAUGCAAAUCUUUUCCCGCCAGGCCGCCAUGGUGGACGCCUUAAUUACGCACUUUGUCGAGCAGGACAAGCGGCGAAAGGAGAGUGGAGCCGAUGCCGAUCAGGCUGCUGCUGCUGCUGCUGCUGCCGGUGGACUGGCGGAUAACACCUAUGUGGAACCAAACCCAAUCAAAAACAAUGGCAUCGGUGUGCUGAGCAACAAGUUCGCCCGCCUAACGCUGGCCACGUUCGACGACGAAGGGCGCUGCAUUGGUCAGACGGGCUCGUUAUCGAUAAGCUAUUAACAUUUAAUUCUCAUUUAAGUUUGGCACCACGGAACGGAACGGAAUGGGGCGCCGGAAGACAAGGGAACAGUGCAGCGGAGCCUUGUAAAGGGUGGGACGCCCGUUACAGUGAUUUGGGUGAAAGGACCCCGGCUGCAAAGCGCAAGAAAGUGGAUCCAGAUGGGAUGGAUGAUAAAGACCGGCAUCGAACAAUGAACUCACGCACGAUAAAAAGGCCCAAACAGCCGUGUCCGAAGGUGUCCCUUCGGGCGGAAUGAACUGAAGAAUGUGAAAUCAGUUCGACGGACGACGGAUAGGGUAGGGUUUGGGAGACACAGGUGAACGAAGCGCGCGGUUCCGAUGGUGUACUUUCCGUUUUUUCGAAGCCAGAACACGAGCUCUCUCCGUCAACCACACGGCCAUUGUACAUUACUAGCUACCACUUUCCCUUCUUUCCUUUCUUAGUAUCGCUCCCCGUGGUUUAGCAGUUAGUAGAAAGCGAUAGAGAGGGAGACAGAGAGAGAGAUAGAGGAGAAAAACGAAAAAGAAUUAGUUAUUUAGCGGCUAUUUCGUAUGCAGCUGAACAUGAAAUGCAGUGGAAAAUCGAAUUUACUUGUAAAUAGUGCGCUGAUGAAAGCGGCCGUGGGAGUACGAAUCACUCCGUUGAUGGAAACUCAUGCGUGGUGAAAUGAAGGCACGAAGGGUUUACUGCCCCGUUCAUCCUCGACUGACAUUCACCUUCCACGUAACGCGUAGAUAAUAAUGGAACAAAUGCGAGGGCAAAAGGUGAAAAAGUCACGAAAACAAGACUUUUCCCCUAAAGAAAGCAAAAAAAUUAGUAACAGUAUCACACAACAAUACACAAACAAAAUGUUAGCUAAAACAAACAAAGAAACCGAACAGAAAAAAGGAAAAAAGAGAAGAGAAUCCGUUUAUCCUUGUACAGUGCGAAAGAGAGAAGAACACGGAACCGGAAACAAAUGGAUUAUCGUAACAAAAGGUCGUCAGUAACAGUGUAAUAAUACUACAACAAACAAUGGAAAUUUCAGGACAUAGGACACAAGAAAAAGAAAAGUGGAGCAGCAAAGGAAACAGAGAGAGAGAGGGAGGGAGAUAGAAAGCGAAAAAGAAUAAUUUUGUACUUCUUUAAUUUAAUUAUACCCAAAGGGAGUAUAUAUAUAUAUACAUAUAUAUGUAUACACAUACAUACCUAUACAGUGCAUAUACAUUUAAUCUAUAUAUUUAGAUAUUUUGUACCACACAGUGAGGGCGUGAAUCCUUGGACGCGAAAGAGUAAUCAGUUAGGGGGAAGAAGAAGUGAAGGAUGGCACCAGGAGUAUAAAAGGCAGGGUGCAAUCAUGUAAAGGAUCAUGUAACUGAGAAAAGACAAAAUCAAUCAUGCUUAGAGCCGAAAGGAAAUGUAAAGCGAUCGAAGAAAUAUGAGAAAAAAACAACCACUAAACUGCACUGUAAUAAAAAGAAAACCUAACUCGAUAGUAUUUAGUGGAACUAGGAGAAGAAUAGGCCGGAAAACGAAACGAGACGAAGGGAAGAAUAAAAACACAAUCGGUUAGUCAAACAAUGGUAUAUACACUAAUAGUCAAAUACAUUAAUGAAAAGGUAUUACAUACGGUGAGACAAGCAACACAAAUCUACAACACACACACACACACACGCAUAUACUAAUAGCUAACAAAACAAAAGGAAACAUCUUAAACAAAGUGACACAAAACAAACACAGACUCACGUUCACACAACACAUUAGUAACCGAUAUCAAUAAUGUAUGAGCGAGCGAGUUCACGAAGGAAGAACCAAUCGAGGCUAUUGGGGGGGGGAUUUGCACAAAAGCAAAUCGAAGAUGUGCUAUAAUAUGGAUAAAGAAUAAACAAACAAACAAAAAAUACACACAGAACGAAAGUUAAGAGAAAAAAAAAUACAAUUGCUGCUCUCAGCACAUUCCCACUGAAAAUCGGAGAUCGUCGCGGUUAGCAAAUCGCAUCAGAUGAACGGAAUUCAUCUGUUUCUCCUGAGCGCUGCAGCAGCGACAACAAUGGACAUGGACACACAUACACUAACACACACACACACUAUGAAAUGAGAAAGGAAGGGAGAAAAUUAGGGCGAUUUGAUUAUCAUUAGUAUCGUCGGAUUGUGGAUUGAACAGUCAAGUCAAGGGAGUAGGGCAGCAAAGCAUCGAAGAGAAACAAAUAACAAAAGAAGAAGAAAAACACACACAAACAGAUUAUAAAUAAAUAAAACAAAUCCAAUAGAAUCGCCGAACAUGUAUGAAAGAAUUACACUACUUUUGAAUAAAAAAAAACAAGU